CCCGAGGAGCCGCCCCAGCUCCGCCCCUGUCGGCCUCGGCCUUUCAUUUCUCCGUCUUGCCCUCUCUUCGCCUUAAACGGAAAAAGACAGGACUGAAGCCUCUAGGACACUGCAUUGCCCGCCGGCCUCCGCGGGCGGCCUUCCUCUGCGGGGCUGCUUUCCCGUCCGCACCCGCUCCGAGCCGAGCCGGGCGGCGCUCUGGCCGCGGGCUGAGCAUGGCCGGCCGCGGGCCGCCGCUCGCCCUCCUCGCCCUCCUCGCCCUCCUCGCGCCGCGCGGCGCCCAGCCCGCAGUGUUUCUUCCCACCUCAAAAGCAAAUGAAAUUCUGGUGAGACGGAAACGAGCCAGCUCCUACCUUUUGGAAGAGCUCUUUGAGGGAAAUUUAGAAAAGGAAUGUUACGAAGAAAUCUGUGUCUACGAGGAAGCACGAGAAGUAUUUGAAAAUGACGCAUCCACUGAUGAAUUUUGGAAGACGUAUCUGGGCGGCUCCCCGUGCGUCUCCCGGCCCUGCCUCAACAACGGGUCCUGCCAGGACAUCAUCCGCGGCUACACCUGUACCUGCGCCCCGGGCUACGACGGCCGGGACUGCGCCUUCGCUAAAAAUGAAUGUCACCCUUUGAGGACGGAUGGGUGUCAGCACUUCUGCCACCCGGGGCCGGGGUCUUACACGUGCAGCUGUGCGAAGGGGCAUAAGCUGGGCCAGGACCACAAAUCCUGCAUCCCCCACGACAGGUGUGCGUGCGGAGCCCUCAUCUCUGACGGCCUCCUGGCGUCACAGGGAUGCGAGCAGGACUCUCCGACUUUCCCGUGGCAGGUAAAACUAACAAAUUCUGAAGGAGAAGACUUCUGUGGAGGUGUUCUAAUACAGGACAAUUUUGUACUGACAACAGCAAAAUGUUCACUCUUGUACAGAAACAUUAGUGUGAAAACAAGUUCCCGCUGCCGGGCGCGCGAGGCCCCGCCGGCGGUGGAGGUGAAGGGCGUCCACGUGCACACGAGAUUCGAGGAGGACACGGGGGACAAUGACGUGGCCCUGUUGGAGCUGGCGCAGCCCGUGCGCUGCCCCGACGCCGGGCGGCCCGUCUGCACUGCCGAGGCCGACUUCGCCGAGCGCGUCCUCAUCCCGCGGCCGGGCGUGCUGGGCGGCUGGACCCUCCGUGGCCCCGAGCUGGAGCCCGCGCGGCUGCUGGUCAAGCACGUGGACCCCGGGGAGUGCGGCCGGGCCCUCAACGCCACGGUGACCACGCGGACGGCCUGCGAGCGGGGCGCGGCGGCCGGGUCGGCGCGGUGGGCGGCGGGCGGCGCGGUGGCCCGGGAGCACCGCGGCGCCUGGUUUCUCACCGGCCUCUUGAGCGCUGCGCCCCCCGAGGGCCCCGGGCCGCUCCUGCUCAUCAAGGUCCCCCGAUACGCGCUCUGGCUCCAGCGAGUCACGCAGCAGCCGAGCUCCGCCAGCCAGAGAGGCGACCACGGUCACAGAGGCGACGAGGAGCCGGUGCUGGGGUGACAGCGCCCUCAGCCCCUCCCCCAGGACCCCUCGUCUGAGCAGAACCCCGGGGAGGAGGGGAAAGGGAGCGCGUCCAGCAAUAAAAGCAGAGCUGCCGGCA